GGGAGGGGCUGGCUUGUAGACAGGAAGUGUGUGUGUAAGAACUGAUUCAGGAGGAAAACUGUGGACUUUUGCAUUUCGAAUAGUCAAAAAGUCAAAGUGAAUUAUGACUUUUAAGGUCGACAGCAGGCAAUGAUGCAAUGGAGGUCAGUAGUUGUGGGUCUUCUCGUUCUGAGAGUGGUUCUGAAUUGCGUAGUGUGGCUAGUGUUUGGACUGGGACCGAGCUGGGGCUUUGACUUCCCAGUCAAAUUUACUUUCAACUUGCAUAAAAUCGAACUUCUCAAUAAUGGCGACAGAGCCACAGUCAAACCCAACGCCUGGUCACAGCACAUGCACGACAACAGAAACCCUCAGACAAAGACCUGCUCCAAGAUCAGUGGGAAUUCACCAAAAAUGUCCUACCUCAGUUUCUUUCAGGAGGGCAGAGAUGAUUACGAUCGAAAGUACAGCUCAUUCCCAGACGCGCUGAAAGUGAAGAUGAGGGGGAUGGCGAAAGACAUGUUUUAUUUCGGAUAUGAUAACUACAUGAAGUUUGCAUUUCCAGAGGAUGAACUGAACCCUAUAGCUUGUGAAGGUAGAGGGCCUGACGUGCUCAACCCGUCAAAUAUCAACAUUAAUGAUGUCCUUGGAAACUACUCUCUAACCCUCAUUGAUGCUCUUGAUACGCUGUUGGUACUUGGAAAUGUGACCGAGUUCCAUCGAGCUGUCAAGCUGGUUAUUGAUACAGUCUCUUUUGACAAGGACUCCACUGUUCAAGUCUUUGAGGCUAACAUUAGAAUCCUUGGCAGUUUGAUCUCGGCCCAUAUUCUGCUGACUGACCCACGGCACCCAUUUGGUGACGUUGGACUGAAGGACUAUGACAAUGAGCUGCUACACCUGGCACACGACCUGGCUGUGCGACUGCUGCCUGCAUUUGAAAACACUAGCACGGGUAUUCCCUACCCCAGGGUGAAUUUAAAGACUGGUGUCCCUCCUGACAGCAUUAACGAGACCUGUACUGCAGGGGCGGGAUCACUGCUUGUCGAGUUUGGCAUUCUGAGCCGUCUGAUUGGUGACUCUACAUUUGAGUGGGUCGCCCGUCGUGCUGUUAAAGCACUAUGGAACUUGAGAAGUAAUGAAACAGGGCUGCUGGGGAAUGUGGUAAACAUUCAGACUGGUCAGUGGGUUGGAAAGCAGAGUGGUCUUGGUGCUGGCAUGGACUCAUUCUAUGAGUACCUGCUCAAGUCAUACAUCUUGUUUGGAGAGAAAGAAGACUACAGGAUGUUCUCUGCAGCUUACGAGAGCAUUCAGAGUCACCUGAGAAAGGGAAGAGAGGCGUGCAAUGAAGGAGAGGGAGACCCACCACUCUAUGUGAAUGUGAACAUGUUAAAUGGACAGAUCAUGAAUACUUGGAUUGACUCUCUGCAGGCAUUCUUCCCGGGCCUACAGGUUUUGAAUGGAGAUGUUGAAAAUGCCAUUUGCCUUCAUGCCUUCUACUAUGCAAUCUGGAAGCGCUUUGGGGCUCUUCCUGAGAGAUACAACUGGCAGCUUCAGGCCCCAGACGUGCUCUUCUACCCUUUAAGACCUGAACUGGUGGAAUCCACAUACUUGCUCUAUCAGGCAACCAAGAAUCCUUUUUAUCUUCAUGUUGGGAUGGACAUUCUUGAAAGCCUUGAAAAGAAUACCAAAGUCAGGUGUGGUUAUGCCACUCUCCAUCACGUGGUGGACAAGUCCAAAGAGGAUCGUAUGGAGAGUUUCUUCCUCAGCGAAACCUGCAAAUACCUUUACCUGCUCUUUGAUGAAGAGAACCCUCUGCACAAGUCUGAGAAUAAGUACAUCUUCACUACAGAAGGCCAUGUAGUGCCAAUAGACCAGCACUUCAGGAAAAACAGUUGGGAAGAGCAGUACCCCUGUGAAGAGUCUAACAAAGAGCCACCAGCCAACAUAAGCAAUUGUGAAAGGAUACCUGAAGAGCGACGUUACGGUCUUCCGCUAAAGAGCAUGUACAUGAGGCAGAUUGAUCACAUGGUUGGGCUGUCCUGACAUCAAUACUGCUCCCUGGAGUCAUCAACAUUUAAAAAAAAACCUGGAGGGAUUCAGGAACAUACCUCUUCAAAACAGAAACUUUCAGUCUCUUGUUUUGCACAGCGAGUGACAAAGUAUUUGUUAAGCGGAUUAUGUGAACACCGGUACAAUUUGUUCUUGUUUUGUGGACAUGACAGUGUUAUUCUUGUGUCGGACCAAAUGUUUGGAUUUGGAUCCACAUUCAAAUCCAUCCAUUGAUGGUCUUGGCAUCAAAGAAUAAAACAUUCAGGGUAGUUUAGAAAAAAUUCUAAACUGUUUUUUGAUUCUUGGGCUGAUUCAUUUUUAUAUUGUGCAGUCUUGUUCGUUUACACAUGAAUUGUUUUCCUACAUGUAUUCUUCAGUGCCAUGUUAAAUUGAAUCUUGAUCAAGUAUUAUAAAGGGCUCUACUGGGUUGUGAGAUGGUGUACAUGUUUAAAAUUUCUUCUCAAGGAACAAACUCAAAUAAGCUUUACACUUGAAAAGCCGUUUUUAUUUCGACUAUGCACCUUUCCGGAACUUAUACAUUGUGGACUUUAAUACAAAUCGGACUGCUUUCUGAAAAUACUGUCACUUUGCAAUAUGACGAUUUUUUUGUGAACACUGUGGCUUGUUCCACUUUUUCAAUUUUAGUUUUAUUUUAUUGUCAGUGCAUUGUGAUAAAAUUGCUAAAUAUUUAUUAUGUAGCCUUAAUGUUUGCGAAGUUUUGAAAUCAACACUUAUUCAGGCUCAAGCUCAUCUUAUCUUUUGACAAUGAUAACCUCUUGUAAUUUUGUAAAUUUUUCACAACAUCUUUUGGAAAUGCUGUCAGAUUUAUGAGGAUACAUGCAUAUUAAAAUGUCAGUUGCAACAAAAGUGUGGAAAAGGAUUAUGUUCAUGGACCAAAUAUUUCAACAUGUAACAAGUGCCUUUUACAAAUUGUGAAUUUUUGUUUUGUCCUCAGGAUUAUUAGUAUGUGAUUAUGCAGGCACUCAGGUGAUUUGCUUUGCUAGCUUCUUUUUUUUUUUUCUCCACAAUUUGGAAUGCCCCUUUCUCAAUGCGCUCUAAGUCCUUGUGGUGGCGUAGUGACUCGCCAAAUCCGGGUGGCGGAGGAAGAAUCUCGGUUGCCUCCAUGUCCGAGACCGUCAAUCAGCGCAUUACUGUGGAGACAUAGCGAGUGUGGAGGCCCACGCUAUUCUCUACGGCAUCCACGCAACCCACCGAGAGCGAACCACAUUAUAACGACCACGAGGAGGUUACACCAUGUGACUCAACCCUCCCUAGCUACCGGGCCGAUUUGGUUGCUUAGGAGACCUGGCUGGAGUCAUUUAGCACACCCUGGAUUCGAACUUGUGACUACAGGGGUGGUAGUCAAUGUCUUUACUCACUGAACUGCCCAGGCCUUGCUAUCUUUUUUUAAUGUAAUGCCUUGGUGGUUGAUAUGGGAAGGAACGUUUCCUGAACAAAGACGUAAUAAAGGAUUACGAGAAUGUUGUUAAGAUUAGAAUAAAAUGUAUUUGCUAUUACAAAUUAUAGUAUACUUGGGGCUCAUAAAAGUGAUAUUCUGGGUUGAUAUUUAUUCAUAGUUGAUUUUAUCAGAUCAAGUCUUAGGAAUAAUAUUGAAAACGUUAAUCUGUCUGUUGGUUUCAUUGUGAUUUAACUUCCAAGUACUUGGUCCAGAAAGACCAAUGUGGAUGUCUAUUCUACACUGUGUAUUUUAUCAAAUUAAAAUGAAAUCCAUGUCUCAUUAAAGGCAAAAAUAAACAUCCUUGUUUUUCGCACAAGAAAGUGCUUUAGUCAGGUAAUGUUAUCACCAAUAUUGUGACAAUAUUACAGCCCUGUGAUAUUUAGGAGAUGUAGAUG